AUGAAAUUCGCUCACGCUCUCUCUGUAGCCGCUGGUCUUUCGGUGGUGUUGGCUCAGAACUCCACUACCUUGACCACUUGCCAACAAUCCUGCGUUGACUCCACUCUAGCUUCCAAUGGCACCUGUGGAUCGUCCUAUACUGCUUGUGCGUGUGACAACACAUUCGUCCAGAACGUCAAGAUCUGUCUCUACCAAGGAUCAUGCUCUUCCGACGUGGCCACUUGGUUCGACACUGCCACCUCCGCCUGUGAGGCAUCAGGCCAAGAUGCGAAUUACACUUCGACGCACUCCGGAAACUACACUUAUUCUGAAUCCUCGGGCUCAAGUUCGACCGCUGCUGUCUCUUCAGCGGCCGCUGCAACUUCAGCCGCCGCCUCUGCCUCCGCCUCUUCAUCAGGAAGCUCAAGUGGGGCAGCUCAACAGUACGGUGCUGUUGGGACUGCUGCAUUGACCUUGAUCGGUGCGGUCGUGGGGUCCGCCAUGUUACUUUAA